AUGAAUAUUAGAGAUGUCUCUGUUCCCGCUCAGAUUGCCGACACUAGCCUCUGGAAUUGGCAGAACCCAGAUGCGAAUUUGGAUCCGGAAGACAUCGCUCACCUGGAAAUUGGGGAGCUUCAAUGUGCCAGUAGGAGACGGAGUGAACCAGUUGGGGCAAAUCGGGUACAGCCAGGAGCAGCUCUACUCGUCUUCCUCGCUGCUGCCCAAUACUCCGGCGACGGUGCUCUGGAUAAACGUUACCCGCAGGUGGCUUCAUCUCGCCGCCGCUGCUGUACAGGGGAUGGAGCUAGAGCAGUGCGUGAACUCAACGACGUGCCUCGACGUGAAGCCGAAGGCGGUAAUCGGGCUGAGAGGCUCCACCUCCAACAUCUUCGUGGACAACAAAGCUUACAGAGACUUCUCUUCGAGACUUUCAAGGUUUCUUCCGUGGACAUGGAGAGCUUUGUUGUUGUCAUGACGUGUUUGUCAAAUGGGCAAUUGGUAAUCGUGAUAAGGGGGGUGUCGGAUUUGGCUGGCAAGCAAUCGGGGCACAAUCCGAUUCGGACUUUCGGCAGCCUUCCUGCUCUCAACACUGCCAACGUUGUUCUGAAGUUCAUCUCGAAGCUGAGAGGACGAUCCUUUGUUGGAUCAAUUUUGGGCACGCCGCGGCAAGCAAUUUCAUUAAUCAGCCGAAUUUCUCGGAGUUUCCAGCGGCGGCGGAGAACGAACGGGUGGAGAAGCUGGUUAUGGAGGACGAGGAUUCAUCGGAGACGGAGUACGAGGAAGAGGAAAAUGACAAGGUCGCUUUGGUGGCUGCUGAUGGUGGCGGCGGUGGUGGUGAGAGCGGCAACGACGACGGGGAGGUGGUGGUGGAGGAGGGAGCUACUCUUUCAAUUUGUGAUUAUAAUAAUUUUUUUAAUUUUUUUAAUUUUUUUAUUUUACUUUACUUUAUUGUGA